CGGAGCGCGCGCGCCGUGGCGGGAAUUUCGCCUGUUUGAGAUUUAGAUCCCACGCACUCGCUGGCUAUGGUCGGGAUCGCGGGAGGCAGACCUCCGGGACUGGGAUGGUGAACAGGAGUCUCUUCACGACGUCUCUUUGGUGCCCUUAAUGAUAAUCAUAGUGAACCCCAAACAUUUCAGAACAUGAAGUAAACAAUGGAAAACUCUUCUGCUGCAUCGACGUUUAUGACUGACAGUUUAGAGCUGGAGCUGGGGACAGAAUGGUGUAAACCCCCUUUCUUUUCUUGUGCGGUUGACGACAGAGGAGGAAAAAAUUUUUCUGGCGAGUCCCACCUCUGCAGCGGAGCCCUUAAACGAUUAAUAUUGAAUCUUGAUCCUUUACCAACUAAUUUUGAAGAGGAUACAGUGGAAAUAUUUGGCAUUCGUUGGGUUACUGAAACAGCAUUAGUGAAUUCGUCUAGAGAGCUCUUUCAUUUACUCAGGCAACAACUGUACAACUUGGAAACUUUGUUACAGGCCAACUGUGAUUUUGGGAAGAUAUCAACUCUACACUGCAAAGCAGAUACUAUUAGGCAGCAAUGCGUGAUAUUUCUCCAUUAUAUUAAAGUUUUCAUCUUCAGGUACUUGAAAGUACAAAAUGGUGAGAGUCACGUUCCUGUCCAUCCCUAUGAGGCUCUGGAGGGUCAGCUCCCCUCAGCGUUGGUUGAUGAGCUUCGUGGGUUACUCUUGUAUAUUGGACAUCUGUCUGACCUUCCCAGUAUUAACAUAGGACCAUUUGUAAAUCAAAACCACACUAAGCUUUUCCCACCAUCCUGGCAUUUAUUACAUCUUCACUUAGAUAUCCACUGGCUGGUGUUAGAAAUUCUUCACAUGCUGGGAGAAAAAUUGAAGCAAGUUAUAUUUGGUCAUCAGUUUAUGAAUCUGGCAGGAGACAAUUUAACCAAUGUUAGCCUGUUUGAAGAACAUUGUGAAAAUCUGCUGUGUGAUUUAAUAAACUUGUCCCUCAACAGGUAUGACAAGGUCAGACCUUCUGAAUCAUUAAUGAAUCACCAUUGCCCAUGUCUGUGUAUUAAAGAGUUAUGGGUCCUACUCAUUCAUCUUCUAAACCACAGAAGUAAAUGGUCUUUCUCGGAAUCAUUUUGGAACUGGUUGAGUAAACUACUUAAAACACUCUUUGAAAAAUCCAGUGACCAGAGAAGACCCUCUGUGCCUGUCAUCCAGUCCAGGGACCCAUUAGGUUUUAGCUGGUGGAUUGUUACUCAUGUGGCAUCAUUUUACCAGUUUGAUCACCAUGGAGUACAAGAUGAAAUGAGACAAAUGGAAUCAAAUUGGAAGUUUAUAGAAGAGCUGCUGAAAAAGUCCAUCAGUAUUCAGGAUGGUAUACUAGAAGAACAAUUACGAAUGUAUCUUCACUGUUGUUUGACACUUUGUGAUUUUUGGGAGCCGAAUGUUACAAUUGUCACAAUUUUAUGGGAAUAUUAUAGUAAGAACCUGAAUAGUUCCUUCAGCAUUUCUUGGCUUCCUUUGAAAGGGCUUUCUAAUAUCGUAAAGUCACCCUCAUCAAUGCUUGAAAUGGUUAAGACUUGCUGUUUUGAUAAACAGGACCACAACCUGUAUAAAUCUAGCAGUAGUUUUACCAUUUUCCUUUGCAUUUUGGCAAAAGUUGUUAAAAAAGCAAUGAAGAACAAUGGCCCUCAUCCUUGGAAACAAGUGAAAGGAAGAAUAUAUUCUAAAUUCCAUCAAAAAAGAAUGGAAGAACUAACUGAAGUUGGUUUACAGAACUUUUUCAGCCUCUUUCUGCUAUUAGCAGCUGUCGCAGAGGUGGAAGACGUAGCAAGUCAUGUCUUAGACCUCCUGAGUUUCCUGAAGCCUGUCUUUAUGACAUCCCAGAGAGCCCUUGUUUGGAAAGGUCAGAUGGCCUUCCUUUUGAUGUAUGCCCAGAAAAAUCUGGACAUUGGCGUUUUGGCUGAAAAAUUUUCACAUGCCUUCCGGGAGAAAGCAAAGGAAUUCUUGGUGUCAAAAAAUGAUGAAGUGGUACAGAGACAGACUUGCUGGACACUUCUUUCCAUCUACAUUGAUGGUGUCCAAGAAGUGUUUGAGACCAGCUAUUGCUUAUAUCCUUCCCAUGAAAAACUGCUUAAUGAUGGAUUUAGUAUGCUUCUGCCAGCUUGUCAAGAAUCUCAACUUAGGACCGUACUGAACUUUCUACAAGCUAUUAUGGCCAGAAUAAGGAGUAUGCAUCAACAUCUGUGUCAGGAACUUCAAAGGGACAAUGUCGACCUAACUGUGCAGUCUUCAUUGUCAGCUAAAGAGCGCCACCUUGCUGCGAUCGCCGGUGCAUUAUGGAGACAUUUCUUUUCAUUUUUGAAGAGUCAGAGAAUGUCACAGGCAGUGCCUCCCUCACAACUUGCAGAUGCAGCUGCAGAUUUCACUUUGCUGGCGAUGGACAUGCCAGGCACAGCUCCAUCAGAUCUUCAACCUCAGCCGGUUAUAUCAAUAAUCCAACUUUUUGGUUGGGAUGAUAUCAUCUGGCCCCAAGUUGUAGCAAGAUAUUUAAGUCAUUUUCUACAAAAUAGCACAUUAUGUGAAACAGUUUCCAAUUCCGGCUAUGUAUCUUUUCAAGCCUUAACCAUAAGAUCUUGGAUCCGUUGUGUUUUGCAAAUGUACAUAAAAAACUUCUCUGGGCCUGAUGAUUUGUUCAUUGAAAAGAAUCUUGAGCAGGUAGUUGAAAAACAAUACAUGAAACAGUUGACUGAACUGACAAAGUUACUAUUUAAACUAUCAGAAGUAAAGAGUAUUUUCUCAAAGGCUCACUCUGAAUAUUUACCCAUACCAGAAGACCCUAAAAAAGCACUUAUUCUCUUCCUUGAGGCUGUUGGUGUAACUUACAGCAAUCUCCAGACACUUUCUGAUAAAUCUGCCAUGGUCACAAAAUCCUUAGAAUACCUUGGUGAAAUAUUAAAAUAUAUAAAACCUUACUUGGGAAAAAAAAUUUCCAGUGCAGGGCUGCAGCUGACUUACGGAGUGAUGGGAAUUCUUGUUAAAUCUUGGGCACAAAUCUUUGCCACCUCUAAAGCCCAAAAAUUACUAUUCCGGAUCAUCGAUUGUUUAUUGCUACCACACACAGUGUUACAGCAAGAGAAGGAACUGCCUGCACCUAUGUUGACCGCGAUUCAGAAGAGUCUCCCUUUUUAUCUCCAGGGCAUGUGUAUCGUGUGUUGUCAGUCUCAAAAUCCAAAUGCCUAUUUGAAUCAAUUGUUAGGAAAUGUUAUUGAGCAAUAUAUUGGGCGGUUUCUUCCAGCUUCACCAUAUGCUUCAGAUCUUGGACAGCAUCCUGUUUUGUUGGCAUUGAGAAACUCAGCCACCACUCCACCAAUACUGUCUCUAAAGAAAUGCAUUGUGCAAGUCAUAAGGAAAUCAUACUUUGAGUAUAAAGGGUCCUCACCUCCUCCUCGCUUAGCAUCAGUUCUGGCCUUCAUUCUCCAGCUCUUCAAGGAAACUGAUACAGACAUUUCUGAAGUUGAACUCCUCCUCCCUGGCAUUUUUAAAUGCUUGGUGUUGGUCAGUGAACCCCAAGUUAAAAGGCUGGCCACAGAGAACCUGCAGCACAUGGUAAAAGCCUGCCAAGCAAGGUCAGGAGCAGAGCCCCGGCUGACUUCUGUGUUUAGGCAAUUUAUCCAGGAUUAUGGUAUGAAAUAUGAUUAUCAAGUCUACAGCAUUUUAGAAACAGUAGCAACAUUGGAUCAGCAGGUUGUCAUCCACUUGAUUCCUACCCUCACUCAAUCUCUGAAGGAUUCAGAGCGGAAAUGGGGUCUUGGCAGAAAUACUGCACAAAGGGACACCUAUAGAAAACUUUUAUCUCACCUAGGACAAGUGGGACAAGAUGAGAUGCAAAAACUAGAAAAUGAUAAUACCUGAUACAUUUCGUGAUUCAUCUUCUCUACUGAUUAUCACUAAAGCCACUUUGCACCACUUUAACUCCUAUUUUUAAUAAAUUGUAUAAUCUGGUAAAAACAA